AUGAAUGUAAUUGAAUUGUGGGUCUAUUCAUUCGGUAUCAAAGUUACAGGAUUGGUCUCGAAUGUCAUUCUCGUCAAUGCCGUUUCAUUGGAGGCAUAUGGGCUACAGAAUGUCACGAUAUCAUUCAUUUCCAAUUCUCUGAGCUGGAUACGAGCCGAGUUCGGAAGAACAUUGCUGCAAAAGAACAUUAAUGCUCCGGAGACAUUUACUGCCCUAAGCCUCCUGGCAGUAUACCUGACAUGCGGGCUCGCUGCUGUUAUUUGGUGCGUUGGCAGUAUGUGGAUCCCUAGGGUAGCAGCAUCAUUCGUCAGGAGUUACGUAUCCUCAUUAGCGUUAUACAGUGCAGCAGCAGUGAUUGACAGCCUGACAGAGUCGGGCCAUGUGACUGUUUGCGCGACGUCGGGGGGUAUAGAGUUUAUUGCACGAUUGGAAUCGCAGAGUCAAGCGGCGACAAAUCUUCUUACAUUAUUCACGGUCACGGCAUCGCGUAUUGUAUGUCCUUCUUCGAUCGACAGAAACUACAUUUUGGCGGGGGCAGUGUGCAGAUUGUUAUCGUCAAUCUGGCAGCACUACAAGGUAGGAAGAUACUAUUUGGCAAAAGAGCGCAGGCUAGACGAAGAGCGACAAGAACAGGUACAUCACCCUUUCUUAUUGGAGCUGAAUGGGAUACUGAAAUUUAAGGGGAAGAGUUUGAGACAAGCCAAGAAAGCUAUUCUGUGCGAAGGUCGGAAUUCACUUCAGAAAUUCAUUACCGUUGAGGGUGACAAACUGGCCAUGAUGAGGUUAAGCGGGCGUACUGUAGGUGCAAUUGGAUCUGCUCAGACUCUCGGAAGUAUUGUGGUGCGAGUAUUUUUUGCCCCAACAGAAGCGGGCAUUAGAGCGCACUAUUGCCUAUUCGACAAGUAUGAGACGAUAAAUUUACAUUCUUUCAAGGAAGCAACGAAGCUGCAAGUUUCAUUGGGUGCGCUGAGUACCUUAUUUGGAUUUUAUUUCGCUGUUCCAGCCUUGCGCGUUAUCCGAGGUACUGCAUUCAAAUAUCUGGAAUCGGAGGCACUGGCUUACCAUUCCUUGCUCCUUCUGCCCUUAAGUGUAUCGGGCUUGACAGAUGGCAUUUUACACGUUGUGGAUAAGACCGGGACGGACUACGGCCUACUGCAAUCCAUUGUUUUCGCCGCGUGGCUUCUUGGUGCCAGUAGCUUAUGGCUCACCAGUGGCUCAAGUUCAAAUAAAGAUCAAGUGGUGCACUGGUUCGUCUUCACAGGAUUUGUUCAACUGGUUAGACUGUUCGGUUCCAUUCAUAUACUAGGUCUUAGGUUAGGUUUCGGACUUGGUUUACGGAGCGCCAAAGGUACAUUAGAUAACCUCUUCCACCCAAUAUCAAGAAAGGUUACAGUCUUCAGUCUCGUGUGGGGUAUCGUUGUUCUCCCAGUUAUCUUCCGGAUAGUGCGGAGUAUUCUCGAACCUAUCGUCCUCUUUAAUAGGGUUGAUGUUUUUCCCUGCGGGAUAGGAUUGGUCUCUGCAAGUCUGAUGUUCAUUCAAAUUCGAUCGAUCGCCCUUCGAUCGCAGUAG